GUUUAGACACCAAGAUAAGGCGGUUUAUGCUCUGCACCUGCACAGAUAUCGGCUGUAAAUGGCGAGAUGCGGUCAACUAUGAACCUAGACAUGCCGUUUAUUGUUGUAAUACUGAUGUUCGUGCAAAGAAUCUUGGCAUAUGAUGAGGAGCAGAAUGUGUGCAGGUCAUUGCAAACGCAGGAAGAGAAGCUCAUUGCACAUCUCUUUGGUUGUAAUCGAAACUUCAGCAGAAUUUUCCCAAAGCUGAAUAAUUUAGAAGAAGACAGGAUGAAGAUUCAACUCAAAAUUACAGUCAGAAACAUAGAGGAAAUUAAUGCAAGUGACAAUGAAGCCACUAUGAUGCUGCGUUUCGACACAGAAUGGCAAAGCAGCUUACUGAAUUGGAAUGCAAGCAAAUUUGGUAUUUCAAGACUGACAGUGGACGCCUCCAGUGUUUGGACACCUAAAUUUGAAUUAGAUAAAAAUCUCGAUAUGAUUGGCAUUGAAGCAAAUGCGGCUGAUACAGUUUACCUCACUAGCCUUGGGAGGCACAGUUUGACGUUCUACAGGAAAGUGAGGCUGGCGUGCGAAGAUAAGGCGUGUUUGUUUCCGAUGGAUGAGUACAACUGCAGCUUUACAAUCUUCCUGAAACGCUUAAAUGCAAGUAUGGUAGACUUUGUUGCAAUAAAUAAAAGUGCCAACAAAAUCUCUGAUAAAAAGCCCGAAACAUAUGGUACAUGGGACUUAAAAUCAUUUGAAUUCAAUGGCAGCAAGCUGUUUUCUGAUGAACAAGGUUGGCCUGUUCUCAGAGGUCUACGUUUUGAAGCAAAUGUCAAAAGACGACAUGGUUUCUUUUUAAUCACGGUACUUUUCCCAAUGACUCUUCUUGGCAUUCUGUCAAUGUGCUCGGUUUUUCUUCCUGCUACAACUGGUGAUCGAAUUGCUCUGUUGCUGUCCUGCUUGCUAAGCAUAAUGAUCUCACUAGAAACGACUUUCAAGCACGUGCCAAACAAUUCGGAUAGGUUUCCAAUCUUGGUAUUCUUGAUUAUAAUUAUCCUGCUCAAUACAGUAUUGCAAAUAAUCUUAGCUGGAAUAUGCCUUAACUGGGCUAACAAGAAUGAGAAUAAAAAGAAACCAGGCAAGAGGCUGAUCUUCGUUGUUUUCUAUAUUUUGAGAAUAGUCUUUCUCGCUAUUCCAUGGCUUUGGAAAAAGAUAAAGCAUUGUAUGGAAUCACGACGAAAAAGGAAAAUCAACGAUGGCCUGGAAGAAGAUCCUUCAAUGACAAUAAGCAAGCCGAAGGAAGAAUCAAAUCAGAAAGCUGAAAAUUCAAAAGAGGAAAAUAAAGAAGAAGAUGAAGAGAAAAGCUACAAGUCUGCAAUCAAGAUCGUUGACCGUUUAGCCAUGUCUCUGGCUAUUUGUAAUCUGGCAGUAUUAAUUCUUACUGCUAUAACAAUCUACUCUUCUAAACAGGCAGGCCAAGUCUGCUCAAUUUUCAAUGAAUAUGUGACCCCAUUCUUAACACUUUCAUCAAAAUAG